AUGAACCACGCGAUUUCAUCCACCUCUUUGUCUUCUUCUUCCUCUUCCUCUUUCAACGAAGCUUUGAAGACGACGACGAUGAAGAAAACUGCUUUCUCUGCUGCUUCGAGGAGGGUUUUUAAUGUCGUCUUCUCCACGCCAAAAGGACAAAACCAAUUCUCGACGACGACGUCUGUGAAAGCGACGACGACGAUGUCCUCGAAAUCAUCCAAAAACUCAUCUUUCGGUUUCGGUCGUUGGUGGUGUUUGACGUCACAACAACAACCAAAGAGUUCUCGUCAUCACCUUUUACGGAAUACUUUUACGAAACAACUCAGCUUUUUUAAAGCGUCCUCCUCGUAUUCUUCUUCUUCUUCUUCUUCUCGCGCAGUAACAGUCGCCGGUGCUGCUUCGAGUGCAAAAGAAGCAAAAACAUCAUCGAUGACGCCGGAAGAAAUCGCGUCUCAGCCUCGAUGGGAACUCGAGAGACACUUCGAGUACGAUUCCCCGAACGACGGUAAAAUCGAUCGCGAGAUGGAUGCGAUCGAGACGCAAUGUAAAGAGUUCAAAGCGAAAUACGAGGGGAAGUUGAAAGCGGGUGAAAAUAAUUUGUUGUUGGAAGCGAUCGAGAUGUUUGAGGAAAUCGAUAUUAAGUUGACGAGAGCGUUGUCGUACGUUUCGUUGGCGUCGGAUACGAGAUUGGAAGAUGCGAAGAUGCAGCAAAGAAAAGCGCAACUGAUGCAACGGUACGGGUCCUUUCAAGGGAAUUUUUUACAGUGGUUCUCGUUGGAGAUUGCGAACUUGGAGGAGGACGACGUCGAAAAACAAUACCUUUUACACGACGGAAAGUUGAAAACGAAGUAUAAAGCGUUCAUCGAGGAAGAGAGACGGUCGAAACCGUAUAAUCUUUCCAAAGAGGUGGAACGCGCGUUGACGGUGAGAUCGGCUUUCGCCGGGAAGAGGCAAGUGGUUGAAUUUUACGGCAACGAGUUGAGUCGUUUACGUUUUCCCAUGAAAGACGACGAGAGCGGAGAAACGAAGGAGGUGAACAUGGAGGUUUUGUUGGCGAAGAUGACUUCGAGUAAAGACACGAAGACGAGGCGGGAGUGCAUGAACAUUUUGAACGAAGGAUUGGUAAAGUUUGAGAGAACGUGCGCGUUGAGUUUGAACAUGGUGGCCGGGAGCUGGCACAUCGAAAACACGGAGAGAGGGUUUAAGAAUUUGCGUUCGCAAAGAAAUGUCUCGAAUAAUGUUCCCGAUGAAGCCGUGGACUCUUUGUUGACGGCGGUGAAAACGACUGGCGUGGAUUUGUGCAAGAAGUAUUAUCGAUUGAAGAAGGGUAUUUUGAAAGAGACCCAAGGGUUGGAGGAGUUUACUUGGGCCGAUCGCAACGCGACUAUCGAUAUCGGCACCGGGUCUGAUUCGUACAGCUGGGAACAAGCGGUGCAGAUUUGCAAAGACGGAUACGAGAAGUUUUCGCCGACGAUGGCAAAACAUUUCACCGACAUGGUCGAAAGCAAGAGAAUCGAUGUCCCGGCGGCGGAUGGAAAACGAGGCGGCGCGUACUGUUCGUCCUCCUAUGGGUGUGGUCCGUUCCAAUUGUUGAACUUCACUGGAACCCAAAGAGACGUUGCAACUUUGGCGCACGAAUCCGGACACGGCGUGCAUUUUAUUUUGAGUUAUCAGCAAGGUAUCCUUCAGUAUCACCCUCCUCUCACCUUGGCUGAAACGGCGUCGAUUUUCGGCGAAAUGAUUGUCUUCAGAGACUUGUUGGAGAGAGCUCCGUCGGACCAAGAUCGAUUACAAAUGAUCAUGGGUAAGUGCGACGAUAUCAUCAACUCCGUCGUUCGUCAGUGCUCGUUUGACGCGUUUGAGGCAAAAGUGCACGAAAAACGACAAAACGGCCAAGUGACGCCGGAGGAAAUGACCGAGGCGUGGAAGGAGUGCAUGGUUGAUUACUACGGGGAGGAAGGCGACGUGUAUGAUUCGUACAAAGACACUUCGCAUUUGUGGGCGUACGUUUCGCACUUCCACAACGUGCCUUUUUACGUCUACUCUUACGCGUUUGCCGAUUUAGUCGUCGGGGCCUUAUACGGGGUAUACGCCAAGCAACCGGAAGGUUUCGAAGAGAAGUUGUUGGAUUUGCUCUCGGCGGGAGGAACCAAAGGAUUCGUCGAAGCGUUGGCGCCGUUUGGAUUAGAUCCGGCGUCGGAUACAUUUUGGAGUGAUGCCUUAACCGCGCAUUUAGGCGGACUGUUGGACGAAGCCGAGCAGUUGGCGAAGAAGUUGAACUACCAAAAGUAA